AUGAAAGUGCCUUUGGUUUCUGUGGUGUUUCUAUCAUCAAUCGUUCUUGUGUCUUCAUUGCCUCGGCUCACACCACGCCCUCUGGUACUUUGGCAUGGUCUUGGUGAUUCUUACUCUUCCCCAGGGAUGCUCGAAUUUGCAUCCCUGGUCAAGGAUGUUCAUCCCGGGAUUUUCGUUCACUCUGUUUUUAUAGAGGAAGAUUUUGAUAAAGAUAGGCAAGCUGGUUUCUAUGGGAAUAUCAACGAGCAGGUCGAAUUUGUUGCCACACAACUCGCAGGUAUUCCAGAGCUUAAAGGAGGGUUUGAUGCCAUAGGAUUCUCUCAAGGCGGACAAUUCCUUCGUGCUUACGUUGAAAGGUAUAAUGACCCUCCUGUAAACAACCUCAUUACAUUUGGAUCACAACACAUGGGAAUAUCGGAUAUUCCCGUUUGCGGGAGAUAUGAUUUACUUUGCCAAAUUGCUCGGCGGAGCGCAAAGCAAGCCGUUUACGGAGCAUGGGCUCAAAAUAAUCUUGUACAGGCUCAAUAUUUUCGUGAUCCGUGGAACAUGGAAAAAUACUUUACCGCCAACCAGUUUCUUACAUCCAUUAAUAAUGAAGUCGCUGCGACCCGUAAUGCGACAUAUGCACAUAAUCUUUCGUCCCUUAACAACCUAGUUCUAGUUCUCUUCACGGAGGACAAGACGGUUGUUCCAAAGGAAAGCUCUUGGUUUGGAUCCCAGAUUGUCGAGGAAGACUGGGGCAGAUCUGAGCAAGGUGUAUUAGCCGCCACGAAUGUCAUUUCGGAGCAUGCCAUACUACCUUUGAGGCGCCAGCCCAUAUACCUCGAAGACUGGAUUGGACUACGUGAGCUUGAUGCACGUAAUGGAAUCGUGUUUGUGACAUGUAAAGGGGAGCACAUGCAGUUGAGUGGAUGCUGGAAGGAGUUGGUCAUCAAGUAUGCUGGUAGUGGAGAGUGA